AUGUACGGCUCUCCGACGCAGCCUGGAGGACAGUGGAAUCCGAACCAGAACCCUCCAACUUCGCAACCCAACCAGCAACCGCAACAGCAACAGCAAUGGUCGCCACAACCACCCAACGGCCAAUACCAACAGCCUAGGCAGCCGAAUCAGUUGCCCGUGAUUACGCAGGCGCCUUCGCAACAGCCUCCAAUGGCGACGUUGCAGCCAAAUCAUCCCGAUCAGUACCGCGCAACGCUUCCGCCACCGCAAGCCAUGUACCCUCCGCCUUACCAGCAGGCCCCCCAAAUGGCUUAUCCUCCCGCUCAACCAGCUCCGCGUCAGAGGACUGCCAUUGCUUGUCGAUAUUGCCGCAGACGCAAGAUUCGCUGCUCUGGCUUCGAUCAAUCUGAGGACGGACGGUGUACCAACUGCGUCAGAUUCUCACAGGAGUGUGUCUUCACACCCGUCAGUGCUCAGACGCAGGCAUUCGUGCCCGCCCACACCGUAUACCGUGGCCAGAACCCGCCACCAAAUACGCAGCUGUACGGCGCGUACGGUCAGCCUCUGCAUAACAAUCGCGACCCGUACGCUCCUCAGCAAGGCGGCCAGCAGCAACAACCAGGACAGUAUCCGCCUCCACCACAGGGCUACCAGCAGCAGCAGAUGUAUCAGCAGCCGCAGCAUGGCCAAGGACAGAAUGCUGGCACGAAGCGUCCCAGCGAUGAGCCGCACACUCCGACGCUGCCCCCACCAAAUCCUGGCGCCCAGUCGCAAGGACAGUAUCCUUACCCGAAUGCUUCUGAAAAGGAUGACCCUUCUAGUAUCGCGGGCGCGAACGAGAGGAGAGAAGAGGCCCUUCGCAACGGCCACGUGAAGGAUGUCGGCGUUCAGGUUGAGAUUUUGAAGCCCGACGGCAAGGAGCAGGCUCCGUAG